AGCGCUUAUAAAUAGAGGGCAAGCAGCUGCCUGGAACUUCAGAGAAGUUUCGCGGCUCUUACGAAAGAGGUUUAUUUAAGCUCCUGUGUGAGGAACAGGGGAAGGGAGUAUUUAAUCAGGAAAGCAACCAGGUGCGUUUGCUUUUAAACCUUGCGGCCAAAGGAUCGCUUGCCUCCUCUCUGGAAUUCAAAAGCAAACAGGAGCUCAUCUGGUCGAUUUCUCUGCAAGUCAGCGUUGAAGAGGUGCUUUCUCGUUUCAGAUUUGUGGACGGAAACAUUUUCAUUUUGGGUGCUUUAAAAGGGGGGAAGUAUCCAGGCAUCGAACCAGGACCUUUGAAGCUGAAAUUUCACAUACAUCACUCGACGUUUUUGGGCCCCAAAUUCAAUCAAGUUAUCUUUCUUGGAUUUUUCUCUCCCUUAGUCUGUGACUCCUCUCGGCUCCGACUCAGAAGAAGCUUGUCAUGGGUGACAGCCAGAUCCCCUUCUCGUGCCAUUAUCCCGGCCGGCACCGGACCCUUCGAGACACGUUCCGGGAACCCAGCUUGUCUUCGCGGCUUCUGGACGAUGACUUUGGCCUGUCCUCCUUUCCCACAGGCCUGACCUCAGACUGGCCGGACUGGGCCCGCUCCCGACUGGGUCCAGGGUGGCCGGGAUCCCUGAGGUCCCGGACCACUGGCCUAUCCCCGCCAGGAUAUGGCCCCAGAUUUGGGGAGUACACAGAAGGCCCGGCCUUUGGGGGCAGCCCUCCGCCCUUUUCCGGGGAGCCGUGGAAAGUGUGUGUCAACGUGCAGAGCUUUAAACCCGAGGAACUGACGGUGAAAACCAAGGACGGUUAUGUGGAAGUCUCAGGUAAACAUGAAGAACAACAGAUGGAAGGCGGAAUUGUAUCCAAAAACUUUACCAAGAAAAUCCAGCUUCCUGGAGAAGUGGAUCCCGUCACAGUUUUCGCAUCCUUGUCACCAGAGGGGCUGCUGAUCAUCGAGGCUCCUCAAAUACCUCCUUACAUCCAGUACGGAGACGGCAGCUAUGGUAAUGAAAUACCUGUGGAGAACCAAGAGGCAACUUGUGCCUGAAGGAUGGCCCAUCUAGAAGUUCCCGGCUCCCUUCAUCCCCACUCCCUGUUUCUCGCUCUACAUGCAUUUGCCACUUGAUGUUGUACAUUUUUUUUUUUCUUAUAAAGAGCAUUUUUCCUCCUCGAAA